UUAGUAACACGCUGAUACUGUUCAAUUUUAUCACUAUCAGUAUAUAAAUUAAUUUUCUUAGUAGUCUCCACACGCACCAAGCAUAUAACGAUACACACACAUACACUAUAUAUAUGUAUGUGUCCCACUUCCAUUACUUCUCAAACUCUCAUUGUGUCCGGUAUAUAUAGAGUGAAUUCUCUUGAAUCCAAUUCAAUUCAUUCAUUUAUUGAUCACCUCCUCUCCUCUUCUUUCUUCUUCUCCUCCUAUGAACAAAAGGAAUGUGUAGACACAUUUAACACCACAUCUAUAUCUAUACCUUAAUUCCCACCCACAUCUUUCUAAUUAAUUCCCUCUCUCUUUGUGUGGUGUCGCUAUUUGAUUGAAUGAAUGCUGAUUUUACCUCUUAAUUCAUUCUCACAAAGUGGAUAAGUAUCUCCUAAUUCGCUCCACUUCUAUAGGGGCUCAGUCUCCUAAUUUUUCUGGAUAAUAUUUGAGACUUAGUCUCUCUCACAAGUGUUUUUUAGCUCUCAAAUCUUCUUUUACCACCACCAACACGUUGUAUUGACCAAUGGGUAUCCUCAAUUUUAGCUUUUCCCUAUAUUCCGCAAUUCUUGAAAUAGAACAAAAGGAAGAAAAACCAAGAAACAGUUAGAUAUAGUUACUCAAAAUCUAUCAAUAUCCUCAUCCCUUUUUUUAACUACUCUAUACUUGUGUUGCCUAGUGUGUUUCAUGGAUUACUUGAGAGAAGUAGAAGGUAAAAGAUCUCAUGAUCCUUAUUUCAUGAACAAAAUGAAGAGAUGCGUAUUUGUUAAGGGUCCAGUAAUUGUAGGAGCAGGGCCAUCAGGAUUAGCGGCUGCAGCAUGUUUAAAAGAAAAAGGAAUUCCAAGUUUGGUAUUAGAGAGAUCUAAUUGCAUAGCUUCUUUAUGGCAACUCAAGACUUAUGAUCGUCUUCGUCUUCAUUUGCCUAAGCAAUUCUGUGAACUACCACUCAUGUCAUUUCCUAAUGAUUUCCCUACUUACCCUACAAAACAACAGUUUAUUAAGUACUUGGAACACUAUGCCAAGACGUUUGAUAUUAGGCCUGUUUUUAAUCAAUCUGUGGUAUGUGCUAAUUAUGACCGGAAUCUCGGGUUAUGGAGAGUAAAGACAGAAACAAAGACGACGACGACAACAACGGAGUAUGUUAGCCGAUGGUUGAUCGUGGCGACGGGGGAGAAUGCGGAGGCAGUAGUACCAGGAAUAGAAGGAAUGGAGGAAUUUGGAGGGAGUAUAAUGCAUACAAGCUUGUAUAAAAGUGGGGAAAUAUUUAGAGGGAAAAAAGUGUUGGUAGUUGGAUGUGGGAAUUCAGGAAUGGAGGUGUGCUUGGAUCUGUGUAAUCAUGAUGCAAGCCCUUCACUUGUGGUCAGAGAUACUGUGCACGUCCUACCACGAGAGAUGCUGGGGAAAUCAACUUUUGGUCUAUCCAUGUGGUUACUAAAGUGGUUACCCAUACGACUUGUUGAUCGAUUUCUGUUGAUUAUUUCUCGGUUAUUGCUGGGCGACACGGCUCGACUCGGCUUGGAUCGGCCUGAAAUCGGUCCCUUAGAGCUAAAAAACUUGUCCGGAAAAACACCGGUACUCGACGUUGGGACACUAGCUAAGAUUAAAAGCGGAGACAUUAAGGUAUGUCCUGGAAUUAGGACAUUGAAACAUCAAAAGGUGGAAUUUGAGAAUGGGGAAACAGAAAAUUUUGAUGCAAUAAUCUUGGCAACCGGUUACAAAAGCAAUGUGCCCUCGUGGCUAAAGGAAAAAGAGAUGUUCUCAGAGAAAGAUGGUCUACCAAAAAGGCCAUUUCCCAAUGGGUGGAAAGGAGAAUGUGGGCUUUAUGCAGUGGGGUUCACUAAACGUGGUUUGCUUGGUGCUUCCAUGGAUGCCAAGAAAAUUGCACAAGACAUUCAUUGUUUUUGGCUUAAAAUAUGACUUCAGUUUUCUGCUCAUCAAUCGCGGGAUUAUUAACGCUGUCUUUUUCAGAGAAUGUUAAUAAAUUCCAAAAUCCGUUAUGUUAUCCAGUGAUGUAUUUUUGAAUGGUGCCCUUUGAUUGAAAAGGUUGACUACAGAAGAAAGAUUAUAGUGUUGGUACCUAAACAAGUUUUGAUCCUCCAAAUGAAGAAAGAACCGGAAGAAACCAAAAGAGAAAAGAAGAUCAAGAACUGCAUUGUUUUUGUUGGUAGGAUUCGAUCAUCAUCAAAAUCUAGUGUAUACAUCUUGUACAUUUUUGCCAAUUUUCUCUUAUUAAUUAUUAGGUAUGGCAUUCUUAGGUGGAGAAAAGAAGAGUUAGGCUUUUUUUUCUUUCUUGGUCUGGUUAUAUGAGUGUUAGAUUGCUAAUAUUCACAUGGGUUUUUUUGGUAUAUGACAACACAAGAAAAAAAGAUUAUUUUU